UGCGCCCCAGACGAUUGUUAAUCAAACUAUGCAAGUACAAAACUCAACUCAAUAUGAAGAAGGAUAUGGAUUAUAUUCAUCCGAAACUUAUCUACCUGUAAUUGACGGAGUCGAGUUCGAGGAUUUGCCGAUGGAGUUAUAUGGAAGCGGAAAAUGGAAUUCUGAUAAAGAUAUGAUUAUCGGUGUUACAACAGAAGAACAGGCAUAUAUGGCAUAUUCAUAUUCAAAAAAUUUCAGCUUCGACGAGGAAGUGUUUUUGAAUUUGAAUACAGAUAUCUUUCCUGAUAAAGAAAUAAUUAGUACUGUCGUCAAUAAAUACAAGAAGAUUUAUCCUACAAGUUCGGCAGAUUUUCGAGAAACGUUCGCAAAGGAAAUGACUGAAUACAUAUUUCAUUGUCCUAGCAGACUGAUGGCAAAAUUAGCAUCGAGAACAACUUCUGCCUCUGUAUAUUAUUACGUCUUUGAUGAAAAGGUUCUCUCUGAAACAUGUGUUGAUUAUAAUAGUGGAAAUAAGACUGGAUGUUACUUUGCUUUCCAUGCGACAGAAAUUGAGUUUGUUUUUAGGACUUUUGAUGAAGUCAGGCCGGACAAUUAUACUGAUGAACAAUUGUCGGUGGAGAAUCAAUUUAGCACUUAUUGGGGCAGUUUUGUACAAACUGGAAAUCUUUCUAGCUGUUUGAACAACUCUUUGGGAAGUUUUCCAUCUUGGCCAAAAUACAAAUUCAGCAAUGAUAGAAACCAGUCGUGGUUGUAUAUGUACAUCCAUUCUCCAUCCGGUGAAGUAAGACAGGGAUUUCAGGAUGAAAUUUGUGAUUUUUGGGAUAGUAUUAACUACGGACAACUCAAUUACACAAUACCGACUGCAACAGAAACAACACUAUUCACCACUACCGAAGUACUAAAUACAACUAGUCACGCAAUGCACCCAAUUCAUCGUACCACCGUGACAGUUACAGCAUUGCUUUAUGGGACGUUAAUGUGUGUCCUCACACAAUGUUGAUUAUGAGUUUUUCAUGAAAAGGUUAAUUUGAACAAUAAUUGCAUGUAAUAUAUAUAGGAUUGAUUAUAGAGCUAAAUAUAAAUACUAGAUGCGUGACUUAUAAAAUAUAUCUUUAUCAAACCAUAGCUUGGAAUACUGAACAGAACAUUUAGAAAUAUAUAUUUCUGUCUAAAUGAUUUUCAAAGGAGUCCUCACAGGUCCCAUCUCAGUUGGUGGGUAAAAACAGUAGACACUGGUUUCAACUCAAAAUUCAAUCAAGUUUCACCCGCAUGGCUAAUUGAACUGUGCAUACAUUUGAAU